AUGGCCGCUGAACAACUCGCCAAGCUCUACCUUGAGCUCAUUGUGUCGCUGCAAAAAUCCCAAGAAGCUUAUAACGAUGUGCAAGCGAUUGUCCACUGGUACGAGGUGGCCAGAGAGAAGGCGACGAGAUUGGAUUCGCUGAGAAGACAGGUCGAGGUGAACCGUCUGGCGAAGGAGUACACUGCUCACCUCAAAAAAACCGCCGAUCUUCUUCGGAUUUUUCUGGAAGCUCAGCGGAAGUUCGACCAGUUCCUCCAAGAGAACUUCUAUGAGCUGGUCAGUAUAGUCGACAAUUUCCUUGAUCUGUGA